AUGGCCACCAUAACCUCUCCACGCGCCUCUUCGCCCGCCGCCACACCACGCAUCACCUCACCAUCGAUAGCAAGUGUCAACUCCCCACUCGGCACACCCUCCUCCUCGCAUAGGUCGUCUCUUGACUACACACGCGAUCCAACGACUCCUACAGCGAAAGAUCCGACACCGAAGCCUGCACGCCGCAACCGCGCCGCCCUCCGGGACUACUAUAACCUCAAACCCCACGCUCCCUCCACUCCCGUCCAGCGCACAGCCUCGAUCACCAGCACCAUCUCGAACUCGACCACCACUACCGUCACAGACCUCGACACAACAUCGACCAGCCUGCCGGCUAGUCUCGACACGCCCUCCUUCUCCCCACAAACCUUCAUCGACUCCCUCCUGAAAACUGCUUCGCUCACGGACUUGCUGAAGACCGAAGGCGCGUUGAUCAGCGAGAUCAGGACGCUGGACGGGGAGAGGAAGGCACUGGUGUAUGACAAUUACAGUAAAUUGAUUACGGCGGUUGGGACGUUGGCGGAGAUGCAGCGGGGGAUGGGGAAAGGGUUGGGCGGUGAUGGCGUGGCGGGGUUGGAGAGCAAGCUAGAAGGGUUGGAGGUCCUUGUAAAGGAAAUGGCGCCUGAGGGAGGGAGUGCGGACGAUGAGGACGAGGAGGAGGAGGACUUGAGGAGGCAGCAGGAGACGGUGAGGUGGGCGUUGGGUGCGCCGGAUCGAUUGGGGAGGCUGGAGGGUGAAGAAAAGGAGAAGGAGUGGGUUAAAGUCAAUAUGUUGCUUGACGAGUGGGAAGGGGUCGAUGGCGUGGUGGACCUACGGAGGGCAUGCGAGGCUGCUAUGCAUCACGGACACGGUGAGGAUCAGUUUGAAACAGGCGGCUGA